GCCGCCGCAUCAUUCACUUAUAACAGCCCAACGGAAACCGAACAACCUGACCAUAUUGCGGGUGGCGCUCGGCGGGGUUUGUCAGCACCGCGCAUCUGCCGAGAAGAAGAGAGAGAGAGAAAAAAAGUGUCGCCUGCUCCGCCUGUUGCUGGGUUUGUUUGAUGAGAAGACGGGCUAUAGGACAGACAGGUUCACCCCCCGUCUUACUUCCCCAGGCUCGUUGACCCCCCCAAGAGAGAGAGGGAGGAGAGAGAGAGAGAGAGAGAGAGAGAGAGAGAGUGAGGCGGAGAGAAGGAGCUUCCUUUUAGUUAGCUGACCGAUACCGGACAGCGUUCAGCAGCGUUGAAAAACAGGUGUACGGUUUCAUCACACGGAUGCAGCAGCCCGGCUCGCCGAGCGUGUUGUCGCCUCCCCGCCUGUCGAAGUGAGAACUUUUAAUCACCUCCCAGGCAAGAGGAGCUGCUUUCCCGGUGACAUUUACAGACUGCGAGGCGACCGUUUUUUUUUUUUUUAAGGCAUUGAACGGGGUAAGGGCCGGGCCUAAAGACCGACACCAGAAGGAGACGCGUAUCCUUUAGAAGAGGGGGGAAAAUAGGAGGAAGGGGCAGCAGAGGAAGCAAUUGGCUCUCCCCAGUCAUCCCUGUCUGACGUGAAGUCGUUUCCAGCCCUCUGGUUUUAUGACGGAAAGUGUGUCCCCCUGCAGUAGAUCAGAAAGAAGUGCUCUUCAAUAUGAAUACAGCGGAGGAUAUGCUCGCAAAAGCGUGGCCUUGUCACUCAUACUCUCUCCAAUGAAGAGGGUCCAGAGCUCACCUAAUCUGGCCACAGGUAAUGAUUCUCAAGCAUUAGACUUUGAUUCUUGGCGGUCCCGCAGUGCUACUGAUGGUUUAAAGAAUGGAGAUGCCAGCAGUUCAUCUCUUGCUGCCAAAGGCUUUCGGAGUGUCAGGCCCAACCUACAGGACAAAAAGUCUCCCACACAGGGGCCUCCUUCCCCUGACCCUUCAGCACGGCACUCCCCCUAUCGCUGCCGGAGCUCCGAAUCACUCGACUACCCAUCAAGCUUAAUGCCCAAGGCCUUAUCGUCGCCCACCCCGUAUGUUCCUAGCGGAGCUGUUAUGAAAGCUGGAACAAUCAGUGGGCAGAGCGUCAGCGCUUUGAGCAGCGUGAGCCUCGGUAGCGGUGUGUCACCGGCGACUUCCCCUGUGACAGUGUCAGCGCUCAGCCACUACUCGUCAUCCACGGCGGGUCUGCUUGAUGAGCUUCAGAUCUGUAGCCUGGACUCACCUGGCGCCUCACCCACGCCUUCGCCUACGCUCAGCCAUGUCUCUACCUACAUAUCCGCUGCUGGGCCUGACGAUGCGCUAACAACCUCUGUGGGCUCCACUGCUGCAGCAGCCACUGUCACUAAUGGCCAGGUCCUUUCUCAUGCAAUGAAUGGAAGUACUAGCCAUCCACAGAGGCCCAUGUCGCCACCAUCAUAUCCUCCUCCGCCUCCCUCACUCCACACAGGGCUCCAGAGACAGAGCAGAAGUUCAGAGGGCAGUGAGUCGGUCACCAGAGAGUCUGUGGUUUCUGGCCACACCAGCAUGAGCAACACUGUGCCCAUCGCUCGCUUCUCAGAGGAAGAAAAGAAGGUGUCCGUGAUUAAAGCCCCACAUUACGAAGGCAUUGGACCUGUGGACGAGUCGGGCAUCCCUAUUGCCAUUCGUACGACAGUUGACAGGCCAAAAGACUGGUACAAGACUAUGUUCAAACAGAUUCACAAAGUUCACAAAGCAGAUGAUGACUACUCUGGCACAUACAAUGCAACAUAUGCUUUCAUAAACAAUGCUGACGACUACAGCAGCACCAUGGCCCACCCACCUCCUCGGACACACACGUACCGGCCUCUGUCCAAAAGCCCCUCAGACAAUGGUGGGCAGCUGGGUCCUCGGGAGCCUUCGCCCUCUCCUGUACCCCCACCACCUCCACCCAUGCCCUCACUCCUGCAGCUUAGGGCCAGAGAAAGCGACCGCGACAAAGAUUCAACUGAUAUGAAUGAAUGGGGACCUCCAGACAGGAAAGUGGACACAAGAAAAUACCGAGCAGAGCCCAAGAGUAUUUUUGAGUAUGAACCUGGCAAGUCGUCAAUUUUGGAGCAUGAGAGACCAACCUAUGAUGACAUAGAUUUAGAGAACGAGCCUUGGUAUAAGUUCUUUUCCGAGCUGGAGUUUGGGCGGCCGCCUCCUAAAAAACAGUUGGAUUAUAAUCCAGACAUCUCCAUCCGUCAGCGCAUUGAGACGUCCCUGCACAUCGCUCCCGCUGACAAGGCUUCGGAGAGACCUGCAAGUGCUGCCAGCGACUACAGGAAAAGAAGGAAGUCUGAGCCAUCAAGUUCACAAGCGAAUGCCCCGUCCCAGAGCAGAGCUGCAACUUCCCCUAAACCAGUGGAUGCCCACCGAUCCAGCAGCAGCCUAAAGAAACCCGUCGUUCGCUCCUCUCCCUCCUCACCCUCCAAAGCCAAAGGUGGGGACGCAUGCAAGAUGUUUUCAAACAGUAUAAGCACCCCGGGUCCUUAUGAGAGCACCUCUCUCCCUCCUCUGCUUUCUGACUCUGAUCGUUGCCAUGAGGAUGCCAGCCAGGAAGGCAGCUCUUCCUCGAAGCAGUCUGUCUUUUGCACAAACAGUUGGCAGGCGAACAGCCAGGACGAUAAAACAUGGAGCAGUACAGAGGAGGCGCCUCCCUCCUCUGGCAAGCUCAAAUCCCGCAGUUGCGACGACUUGCUUAAUGAUGGGCAUUCUGGCUCUGGUGGGCAAAAUGCCACUCGCUCAGAAAGUGCUGGGUCGCUGUUGUGUGAUGGGAAUACUCCCACGGUGUCGGCCUCCACUCAUUCACUGCCCCCUCUCCAUCGGCGACGUGCGCACGACUCCCCGGGCUUUCUCCAGCUCUACCGUAAAAUGCACCAGAUCGACCGAGCUCAGCUCAUCCCAUCUGAAGUAAUCCGUUCCGUCCGCGCUCGCAUCCUGGAACUUGAGCGGCAACCUCAUCUGCAUCGCCAUCGCCUCUCUCCUUGGACACCCUCAUGGGGCGUGGAAGUGCCAAGGGACAUGGUGCCAAAUCGCAUCUCUGCAUACGAGCGUCUUAUUCAGAAGUCCAAGUCGAUGCCUAAUCUAGGCGACGGUGAGGUGCCUUCAGGCACGACGACACCAGGCGGUUCGUCAUCUCGUGCUAGCAGCGGCGGGGGGAUAACUCCCAGUUUCCCAAAACGCCGUUUUUCUAUUGAGUCGUUACUGGAGGAAGAUGCCAACAGCAACAGCAGGACUGUACGGCACAGCAUGGACCAUAUACCUCGUAGCCCGCCAGAGGGGCAGCCUCGCGUCGGACCCGAGCGCGGACGUGGGCAGUCGUUUCCGGCUCCGCCCGUUCCUCAGGGCUUGCGAGCAAAUCCUGACUAUUCCGACAGUGAGCAAGACGCCAUUGCCUCUGACCUCAGUGACUUCAUCCAGGUGGAGGGUUCUUCAUUUUGCAGCGAGAGUGACUUUGACCAUUGCUCCCUAACGUCGUCCGAGAGCUUGUACGGAUCGUCCACCCUCCAUCACCACCACCUCCGUCACCACCACCACCAUCACCAUCAUCAUCAAGGUCACCAAAGUCUGGGCCAGACGCAGGGCUACCAGCACCGCCACCUCAUCAGCACGUGCAAGGGCCGCUGCCCGGCCUCGUACACCCGCUUCACCACCAUGCUUCGCCACGAGAGAGAGCGAGCGCGAAAGGAGAACCAGAGGCAGCAAAGCCACAACAGCCAUUCCGAAAUUCAGGCCUCGCAGUCCCAGCAAGCGAUGUCCAAGCUGGCCUUCUUGGUCAGCCCAGUGCCUUUCCGCAGGAAAAAGGGCUCACCACCUACCUCUAGAAGAAGCGGCAGUGGCGGAGGUCGAGGUAGCAGACCCAAGUCCAAGCAGGCCAUUUACGAAGCACUCGAUGCAGCCUUGAGAGACAUUUAUGAGCACAUUCAAGCAGAGCGAGGCCACAGAAGCUCUAGGCCACCUGAUGACAGUAUUUUGAGGAGAAUCCUGGCCGAACUGAUGCCAAGUGUGCCUGAAAGAAGUUCCUCUUUGCGAGGGGGGAGGGGUUGCUGGCAUGGGGGUCACUCUUCUGCGUCUGUUUACCCAGAUGGAAGCCCGACAGGGUAUGCUUCACACAGGGGAGAGCCGUCCACUCCGAGUCUGCAGUCACCGAGGUUACAGUCGCCAAUCAGUGCCUGCUAUGGACGACAUUUGGAGGCCUCAAACAAUAACGAAUACGGGGAAGAGCAAGGCAGUGGAAAUGGUCUUUGCUAUUCAGACCAGGAUGUCUCGAGGAGUUAUUCCACCAUGGAUGGACGCCACACGCCGCAGAGCAGAAGAGCAACUCCUGACAGAGAGGUCUCCCAUAAACAGAUGACACAACUUAUUCUCUUCUCUCUCCUCCAUCAGAAACAGCCCGCAAGAGCAAUUUAUGAUUUUAAGGCACAAACAGCAAAGGAGUUGACAUUUAAAAAGGGCGACGCAGUCAACAUCAUCCGGCAGAUAGAUAACAACUGGUACGAAGGAGAACACAGAGGACGGGUGGGGAUCUUCCCCAUAGCGUACGUUGAGAAGAUGCCGUCGUCGGAGAAGCAUCAGCCAAUCCGUCCACCUCCUCCAGCACAUGUCAGGGAGAUCGGCGAGGCCGUGGCGCGCUAUAACUUCAAUGCCGACACUAACGUGGAGCUGUCACUAAGAAAGGGCGAGAGAGUUAUCGUCAUCAGGCGGGUGGAUCAGAACUGGUUUGAGGGGAAGAUUCCCGGCACAACCAAACAGGGCAUCUUCCCGGUGUCCUACGUUGAAAUCGUCAAGCAGUCUCCGUCCAAGAGCUCCGUCCACCACGUAGAUCCACAUGCUUACAGCAGGGCGCCAAGCUCCACCCCCGUCAAGCCCUUCUGUCACCUACCUCCAUCUUUCACCACUCGUGACCUCCCUUCCCCUCAAUACUCUCCCAGAAGGCUUGACCUGCAAGCUGUCACCAGCGAGUGGCUCUCGCUCACGCUGGACCCCUCAGCUCCCACUCCCACUCCCACCCAGCCACUCACCGCCACUCCUUUACCUCCCACGCCGCCUCCUCUUCCUGACGACCUCGGCCCUCUUCUAACGGCACAAGAGCCGACUUCUGUCUCAACCUCUCCGUCACAGAAAGGCUUCUCCUUUUCACACCGGCCAACUCCCAGAGCUCCGUUUUUCUCUGAAACGAGAGCUGGGUUAGGUCACACCACAACUGUCCUUCCCUUCUCCCAGCCCUCCCCACCACCACCUCCUCCUCUUCCUCCACCCGCCGCUUCCUCCUUCACCUCUGCACUGCCUAAUCAAUUAGUUGCUCACAACGGCAAGGGGCUGCAUCUCUCUGAGGCAGACAAAUCUUCAAGCUUUACCAAGCCUGAGCGUGUGACCUGCACCAUGUUAGGGGCAGGAAAACGGUCCACAGAACCUCAAGAGCAGCAGCGGUCUGAUUAUGGACAAGAAAGCAGCAGAUUGCCUGACAUUGAGCUGCAUGUAAGAGACCCUUAUGAUGAGUUGCUGUCAGUGGUUUCGGAUGAUUCGAGCAGCGCAGACGAGGCCGAUGAUUCAAAAGCGCCCUCAGUAGAGUCCUUAAGUGCCACGUUGAACGGUGAAUCUCAGAGCCGAUGGUUUCAGAGCAGAGUCCCAGAAUCCAGUCAGCCGGCAGCAGCUAGCGACUCACCUGGCACAGUCCACCUAAAGGUGCAGGUUCACAAGCCUUUAACCAUGAAGCCGCUGUUCCCUUUGAAGGAAGAGCAGCCAGUAUGGGUAAACGAGCAGCUGGUUGAUCCUGAGAGGCCACCAUCAGUAGAGGGAAACGUAUACACAGAGUUAUUCAUUGAGGAAGAAGAUGAAGACGUCAAGGACAAAGAGGAGAAACUUAGGGAGUUAAAUGAGCGACUUCAUCCACAGGCUGAAGCCUGUGCUUCCUCCCCAUCACAGCUACAUCACGCUGACCUCCCGCCCUUCUCCACCCCCUCACCCCCCAUUUCAACACUCCCUCCUCUAAUUUCUUCCUCCUCCAUGUCAUCGCGAUCACAGCACGACCGCAGCACAAUCUCGGUCUCUCCCCCGUGCCUCCCCCACCUGACAACCUGUCCGCUUCCUGCAGUCUCCCCCUGUCCGUCUCUGUCAUCGCCUCCCCCUCACGUUUCUGACGCCUCUUCAGACGUUCCCGUCUCUCAGCCCUCCAGUUCUCCCCCAUCCUCCCCCGUCUCACAGCCGGUUUUCCCUCUCCCUGCCCAGUCUACCCCUAAAACUGCCUCUCCUCCCCUCCCCAGUCCUCCCUCCCCCAACACCGCCCCCGUUGUACCGCACCCAGGCCGUAGGUCCCCCAAGGUGAAGGAUCCAGUUGUUGGCGGUAAACCCCCCCGUAGCCCCAUCUUUUCCAGGAGGUCCUAUCUGUCGCCAGUUAGAGGUCGAAGGCGGUUAGUACAGGAUGCGCUCCAUGGUGGAGGAGACCCGUACCAGGCCCUGUACAACUACAUACCCCGAAACGAGGACGAGCUGGAGCUGAAGGAGGGAGACGUCGUGGACGUAAUGGAGAAAUGUGAUGACGGCUGGUUUGUUGGGACGUCUCGAAGGAAUAAGCUGUUUGGAACCUUCCCGGGAAACUACGUGAAGCAGCUAUAAUGAUGAUUCCAGACUUGUGUGUGUGGCCCCGCCCCUUUCUGUGACACGUUCAUCGCCGUCAGCACAGCGCCCGCAGGACGCCAGCAGAGGCCGCAGCACACUUAAAGAUUUGCAUCCAUGUGUGGCUUUCAGCUUCACACCGACCGAAUCUUAGCUCCAACUAGCCAUCUUUAAUGAGAGACUUCUACAAGAUAAUGCUGUUUUUUCAAAUCUCCUCUUUUUACCCUUAUUUUUCUAUUAUGGAUAAAUUUGUGCUCCUUUAAUAUUUGGCGACGGGAAGAAGAAUAUCGAAGGACCGCAAGAACAUUUUUCUUUCUAUUUUAGCGGUUUUAAGGGCAGUAAAUGUACCAAAAUCAUGUCUGCAGUUACAGAUACUUUAAACACUUUUAAUUUCAGUGUUCAGAUGAAGAGAUCCUUGAGAAAAUGACGUUCAGAAAGUGUUGAAAAAGCAGUAUUGAGUCAGGUGUCAGAACUGUGUUUUGGAGACUUUGACAAACAUUUUUGCCACAUCAGCCCCGUUUAUAAUGUGCUGGGCAAAUAUAUACUCUCAGUUAUGAACGGUUUCUGCUCAUCGUUUGGGUUCUCAGCAUAAAUCCAAUGUCUUUUGUUUCAGGGGCCGCAGCUGAUUAGAGAAAAAUCUCCCCGACGGUGUCAUUGAAACGUAGUUUGAGUUUCGCAAACAAACAAUGUUCAAGUUGUUGCUUUUGUUCGAACCUUUUUCACUUUAGGGUUGAUGCACUUUAACAGUAUCUCUACACAAGCACGUCCGUUUAAUUUCAUUUUUUCCCCUUCAGGUUUAUAACAUUAGAGGUUCCUCAGACUGUGGCACUUGGUCUGGAAAACAUUUACAGAAGGUUUGUGUACCUUUUCUUAGGUAUUAGAGGAUGAACUGUUGAUGAAAUUGUGCUGUGAGAUGAUGAACACAACGUUGUUUUUUUUAGAAAACAUUUUUUAACAUCUAUUGUUUGAAGCAAAGUUCUUUCAUUUUCAAGGAUCCUUGUGCUGUUAGGUUGUUGAUACCUUGAGGACUGUAAUGAUUGAUCACAUUUCCAAUGUGGGAUUUAUUUGAAGAUGCAGGAUGAGAUAAUUUAUGUAUUGCUGUCAGAGUGAGUAGGUAGUUUAUCACUGUUCAUGUGUGCGUAUUAUUUGGAAUAUUUGCCAUUUUCCAUCUUAGCUAAAUGAACACCACCUACUUGUUUGUAUUUGUUUUUCUUAUUUUCUCAUUUAUUGUUUCACAACGAAUGGACACUGACAACAGAAACCAUUGUUAAAGCACCUUAAGAUAUGUUAUUCAUCAUCGUCCUUCACGUCACUGCUUGUCAUUCACUACGUCAGCUGGUGUGAGCACACUUUGUUUUAUGUCUGUGGGGUUUUUGUAAGCUUUUUGUACGAGAGCUGUACUUCAGCCAGCAUCCACUGCUUUAUAAACUCAGCUGUUUUUCACCCACCAUCACA